CUGUUUUAGACUACUAGAGUACAGAGACGAUAUAUUUGUGACUUAUUUUUCGGUGUUUAUAAGCACCACAAACUAAGGAAAAGAGUGACGUGUCACCACAUCUCUCGGUCUCGACCAAUCAGAGACGUUUAUACGACAAAACACUUCCGGUUUGCUUCCUGUCCUGCCUUUUCCACCGAGUGGCUGCUGGGAGCAAGAUACCAGUGGAGCUAACACCACGUAGUUCAUAGGCUGAGAAAGGACUUUGAAAGAUGCCUCCAAAAAAGACAGAAGCUCCCAAACCUCCUCCAUUAAUCGGACGAUUUGGGACUUCUCUAAAAAUUGGCAUUGUGGGGUUGCCAAAUGUUGGAAAAUCCACUUUUUUCAACGUGCUGACAAAAAGCCAGGCAGCUGCAGAAAAUUUCCCAUUCUGCACCAUCGAUCCAAAUGAAAGCAGGGUGCCUGUGCCUGAUGAGCGCUUCGACUUCCUGUGCCAGUACCAUAAACCAGCCAGUAAGGUUCCUGCUUUCCUGAAUGUUGUGGACAUUGCUGGUCUUGUAAAGGGGGCUCACUCAGGACAAGGACUUGGAAACGCCUUCCUCUCCCACAUCAGUGCCUGCGAUGCCAUUUUCCAUAUGACUCGUGCAUUUGACGACGAGGACAUUAUCCACGUGGAGGGCAACGUGGACCCAGUGAGAGACAUUGAAAUCAUUCAYGAGGAGCUGCGGCUGAAGGACGAGGAAAUGAUCGACCCGAUCAUAGACAAACUCGAGAAGACCGCCGUCAGAGGAGGAGACAAAAAGCUAAAACCUGAAUAUGAUAUCAUGGUGAAGAUAAAGAACUGGGUGGUGGAGGAGAAAAAACACAUCAGAUUUUACAACGACUGGAACGACAAAGAGAUUGAGGUCCUGAACAAAUAUCUGUUUCUGACAUCAAAGCCCAUGAUCUACCUGGUUAAUCUCUCUGAGAAGGAUUACAUUCGAAAGAAGAACAAAUGGUUGGCUAAAAUCAAAGAGUGGGUAGAUGCUCAUGAUCCCGGUGCCAUGGUCAUUCCCCUGAGCGGCGCUGUGGAGUCGAAACUGCUGGACAUGGAAGAAGAGGAGAGGAAUAAAUACUGCGAGGAACAGAAAACACAGAGUGUUCUGACCAAAAUAAUAAAGACGGGUUACGCAGCGCUGCAGCUGGAAUACUUCUUCACAGCUGGACCAGAUGAGGUGCGAGCGUGGACCGUCAGGAAAGGCACCAGAGCUCCUCAGGCUGCAGGGAAGAUCCACACCGACUUCGAGAAAGGCUUCAUCAUGGCCGAGGUCAUGAAGUUCAGCGACUUUAAAGAGGAGGGCAGUGAAGGUGCAGUCAAGUCGGCUGGGAAGUACAGACAACAGGGAAGGAACUACAUUGUGGAGGACGGCGACAUUAUCUUUUUCAAAUUCAACACACCAAACGCACCAAAGAAGAAAUAACGGGACCUUGUAUUCGCCACAGGAACGUCUCGGCUGCAAAGAGCUGUGCUGCUGGUUUUCAUACACCUCUGUAAUUUAGAGGAUAAACUUCCUUGGACUUUUUAGUUUGAACGCAAACAAAUUCAAAUCAAAUAUCAAAUCAGUCAAAUAUUUGGACAAUGUUCAACUCUUCAUUCUGCUGAGAGGAAAACAAAUGCAGCUCAAGUGAAAAAAGCAAACCUGUUCAUUUGCCGCUGUUGGCUUGUUUUAAUAUGAAACAAACUUCUUUAAUGUUUUCAUCGUAUUCGAAAGUAAAAAUGACAAGAGGUGUUUCAAUUUAUUUUUAAGUAUCUUGAAUUUGUUAACAGGGUGUUGGAUAUCUAAUGGCAGGCAUGUUAUUAAAGUACUAAAUGAGUAUUUAGGAGAUGUUUUGCCACGUUCCCUCACUUUGUUACUCAUUUCUUGCUGCAUUAUAAAGACAUGGCUURUUCUAAAUAAAUAAGUUCUCACUGA